AUGGCCCCAGAGAGCCAGGGACCUUGGCCAAGGAAGAGGACGCGGAAUACAAUAUUCACAAAGAGCUGUCCUCUGGGAUGUGGGAAGAGGACCUCAAAAGUCCAGUACCCUUGGAGAUUUGGGAAGAUUAUAGCAAAAGCCAAGUGUCCCAAGAUGUGUCAGAAGACCAUGGUGGAAAAGAGCUGCUUCAACAGGAAGAUGCAGAGGGCACAGUCACAGCAGGAGAGGCCGUCAGCAACCUGCAGAGUGCGUCUCCUGCCCUGGGUGGUGCUACCAACACCAGGGAUGACCCAGCCACACCCCAGAGUCGAGCACUGCCCCAACCAGGGCAGGUCUGGCUCAGCCUGGAAAGCAACACCCAGGCCAGGCAUUCAUGCCCCAUCCAGACACAAGGAUGCUCCCUGUCCAGGCGGGCACUUGGGGCUUUAUGCAGGGCAUUCCUUGGCACCUGCGGCCCAUGGGAGCAGGAGCAGCAGUGCCCAGCUGCCAGUGCCAGUGAGGAGCCUGGAGAUGACCGCCCUGAGCUUGAGCAGUGUUCCUCUGAGAGAGCAGCACAGGGAAACAUGGAAGACAUGGAUGCAGGGACAGUGUCUCAGGCACCCAGCUGUCCCAAAGGCAUCCCGCUGCCAGACUACUCUUGACCAUGGCUUAUUGAGACCAGCCUAUGAUUUCCCUUCAGACAACGUUGUUAAUCCUGAACUUUGCUCUUCUGUUUAG